CUUCCCUCCGCCGCGCCUGCGCUGUUGGCGGCCGCCUCAUCCCGUCAAGACGGGCGGUUCCGCGGCAGCGCUGCUUCAGGGCGGCUCGGUACUAACGGACAAGGAGGUGGUUCAUCCUGUUCGAGUAAAAUGGGGUCAAAACAGAUCACACAGGAAACGUUUGAUGAUGCAGUGCAAGAAAACAUCGCAGAGUUUGAGAUGGACCCAGAAGAGGCUGUGAGAGAAGCUGUGCAGCAGUUUGAGUCCCAAGGUGUUGACCUAAGCAAUAUUGUGAAAGCUGUGCGGCCACCGGCCUCUGAAAACGGGCAGAAACAAAAGCAUGAGAUUUUGCUGACUUUAGAUGCCCUCGGGAAAGCUGUUGCUGACUCUGACCUUGCUGAGGUGGCCGAGCAGCUCGUGGUCUUCACUGCUCAGUGCAAAGAGCAGCUGGCGUUCCGCUGCCUGGCUGGGCAGAAUGGUGCCUAUCCUGUGGUGUUCUCUGCCUGCCAGGUGGCUUCGGGAGACAGAAAUCUAAUGCUGAAAGCCUUUUAUACUUUGUCUGCCCUCUUGGAUGGGCAGCCAGACCUGCUUGACACUGCUGGCCAGGAUCUGCUGCUCCAGACUCUGCAGGAAUACAGGGAAGAUGCGGACGUGGCGCUGGCUGGGAUCCGAUGCGUUCGCCACGCCUGUCUGAAGCACGAGCAGAACCGACAGGACUUUGUGAAAGGUGGGAUUCUGCCUCUCCUGACCGGAGCCAUAGUCCAGCACAGACACAGCGCUGAUGUUGUCCGCACGGCUGCCUCGGCCCUCAGGAUCAUGACGUUUGAUGAUGACAUCCGUGUGCCCUUUGGCCAUGCUCAUGAUCAUGCUAAAAUGAUAGUGUUGGAAAACGAUGGGUUAAGAGUCCUCAUUGAAGCUGCAAAAGCCUUCACAGAUAACUCCAGUGUUCUCAGUGAGCUGUGUGCCACCCUCUCUCGCCUCUCUGUCAGGAAUGAAUUCUGUCAAGAAAUUGUAGAUCUUGGAGGCUUAAAUUUUAUGGUGUCCCUCCUGGCUGACUGCAUCGACCAUCCAGACGUGGUGAAGCAGGUGCUCAGCGCCAUCCGAGCAGUUGCAGGGAACGACGAUGUGAAAGAUGCCAUCGUGAGCGCUGGGGCGACAGACCUCAUUGUCCUCGCCAUAAGCCAUCACCUCACCAACCCUCAGAUCUGUGAGCAGGGUUGUGCAGCUUUGUGCAUGUUGGCUCUGCGCAAGCCUGAGAACUGUUCCAUCAUCAUGGAAGGUGGCGGGGCGCUGGCGGCCCUUCAGGCCAUGAAAGCACACCCCCGAGAGGUGGCUGUACAGAAACAGGCUUGCAUGCUGAUCCGCAACCUGGUCUCCCGGAGCCGGGACUUUUCUCAGCCCAUCUUAGAGAUGGGAGCUGAGAACCUCAUAACAGAAGCUCGUGCAACACACAGGGACUGCGAUGAUGUGGCCAAAGCAGCACUAAGGGAUCUGGGCUGCAAAGUGGAGCUCCGUGAGUUGUGGACCGGUCAGAAGGGAGGCCUGGCUCAGUGAAUCCUUGCUCUGCUGAGGAGAGAUGCGUCAAGACAUCUAGGUACAUGAAGCCUAUGGGGGG